AUGUCCUCAUAAGUUUAAACAGUAAUAAGAUUAGCAAAAUUAUAAGGUGAAUUGUUUGUACAGUUACAAAUUCUUAUGAAAUUUCACAGUAGGAAAUGAAGAAUAUUCUGAGAACUCCACCGACAUCAAAUCAUUUAAUAAGUUUUGUGAUAAACACGUGUCGACGACCUGGAUCGUCGCCAAUGAGUAAAGAAGAUGAUACUAGCGUAGAUUUUUUUCAUAGCUUGGCAUUUUCGGUUUUGUAGAACGCGAUAAACACUCUUUCAUUUUGUCUCUGUAAUUCCUUUAAACCACUUGCCUUUUGAGAAAUUUUGCUGUCAAAAUGGUAGCGACUCUGAAAAAUAUGGUAUCUACUACUAAUGAACCUAGUUAGCCCUUAAAAAUAAAGCAACUGUAAAAUAGUCAUGCCUGUAGAUUUGGAAGUGUUUUUGUCUCAAACAGGUGCUGGCUUGUUUGACUUCUCUCGUUUUGUCGAAAGUCAAUUUUCCCUCUCAAACAAUGACAAUGAUAAUGGAUUCCUCAAAAGUUAUUCUUUUCCCCGAAGUCAUAUACUUAUUCCAAAAGAUUCCAAAGGUGUACCUACUUUUGAAAACAAGGAAACUUUGGAUUCAUAUAAUUUUAAUAAUGACUCCAAAGGUUGCAAAAAAGUGAUCGUAGAUGGCAAUAAAAGGAAAAAGGUAUCUUUUGCUGAUGACAAAGGAUUCAGAUUGGUUGAAAUACGUGAGAUUCCAGGCUUGUCUGCUUUGCCAACAACUACAACGGUUCCAGAAAGGAAUAAUACUCAGAAUGGACCAACAUUUAUAAAAGGUUGGAAAAUUGCUUCUGAAAACCCUCCUUGGACUGACAGCAAGCUCAUAGAGCUGUUGGAAACAAAUAAGGUGGUCUUGGAGUCUGCGAUAAUCAAGACAAAAGCUGAAAAUGGCUUAGAAAAAACUCUAAAAGACAGAUGGUCUGAUAAUUUUCGUACAGUAUUAAGGGCAUCAGGUUCGAACAACGAAUAUGUGUUGCAAGGAAAUAUUAAAGUGAAAAACUUGGUUUAUGAGAAAAAUGUUUUUGUCCGUAUUUCUUUUGAUAGAUGGUUAUCGUCGGUUGAUGUCAAAGCAACGUACUUAAAACCAGAGAAAAAUCCUGAAAAACACUAUGAAUAUAACAACUUCACAUUCAGUAUUGAUAUUCCCCCUUCGGCUUUAAAAUUCGAAGUGAUUGAAUUUUGCAUUGGAUAUAUUUGCAAUAAAGAAAAGUAUUGGGAUAACACCGGUGGUGUUAAUUAUAGAUUGGUUACAGAAAUUGUGAAAAAUAAGACUGUACUGCCUAACCGCUCAUACAACAAAAAAUCAAAUGAUAGAAUAACUCUAUCUCUUACUGAAAAUAUUGAAAGAUUUUCUGAAAUAGAUUCUUGGAAUAAUUUUAUUAAUAAUCAGCCUUACUGGUGACACUGUAAGAAAUACGUUAAUUUUUGGAUUGCAAAAUAAAUGAUUGAUUAACAAUAAUUAUAAUUUCCGGGGGAAUUUUUAAAAUUACAAAUCACGAUGAACUAUAUUAAUGAACAAUUAACGACAAUGAAAUGACGAAUAAUAAACGAAUCAAUGAUCGAUUUUUUUUUUAUGUUAUUAUUUUUGUAUAAAUGUAAGUUUAAAAACAUCGAUUUAUUUUAGAAUUGUGUUUGGGCGUGUUUUUUGUAGUAUAUUGAGUAAAAUAGGAAUUGUAAAUAUAAAUUUUUUGGUGUGGAAGUUGAAUAUUAGAAAAUCUAGAUAUCUCAAAAUUAUUCUAUUUGGCUACUUUUAAGAAAUGACUGUAGUAAAAUUGUUUUUGUUUUAUUCCAAUUGUUUUAAAAAGUAACUCUUAUUAAGAACUUACUUCGAAUACAGAAGUAUUACGCAGUCAUUGCUGUUAAUAUAUUUUUACAAUCUUUGUCAAAAAUGAGGCCAUAGGAACUAAUACAUAUUAAAUAAAUUGCUUUUGAUAAUUUUAUUUCCAAUUCUUUUCUUUGGCCUCGAUAAUGAUUUGCCAUACUUUGACAACUUUAUUUUUGCUUGAAUACUAAUUUGUGACUUUUAUACUGUAGAAGUUUUGUACGUUAUUUUUACAUGAGUUUUAAAAAUAUUUUAAUGGACAUCCUGCUUAAAUAUAUUUAAUUUUUCUUGAUAUUAACUUAAUAUCUAAACAUUUAGGUGGCAUUUUACGUGUUUUGUUAGUAAAAAUAUGCAAAUUUAACAUUAAAUGUAUAGUAGUUGGGGAGCUUAUAUGUAAAUAAAGUUAAUCGAUGUCCAAAAUGUGAAAAAUAGUUGUUUUGGAAUUAAAUUGUAUUUUGAAUGUAAGAGAAAUUUUAGAGUUAUGAUGUAUGUUGUGAGUAUGGUGUAUGUUAACUGUCCAUUUUGAACAGUUUAUUGUAAAUAUAAUACCGAUUAACACAAUGAGUACCUAUUCAAUCAAAAAUGUAUUUUUUAAAAGUUUUAAAUAAAACAUUUCUUUAUAUUUUUCUCAAA